GCCCGACCACGCCCCCUCGCGGACGCCGUUGGUACGCGCCGAGCUCCCCCGCUUGCCGCAGUGGUUUGGCCGCGGCGACCCCUCUGGUAGCGCGUCCCCCGCGCUUGGUACGGCUCAGCCCGUCUCCCCUGAAGCCGCGCGCCCGCGCCCCUCAGUCGGUGGAUCCCGCAGCCCCCCGUGUGGCCCGUGGCAGCCGUCAGCCCGCUCGGCCCUCGUUCGCCAUGGUCCGUCCGCGCCGCGCCCCGCAUCGCUCUGGCGUUGGGGGCCCCCUCGGGGGUCGCGGUCGCCCCCCGCGGCCUCUCGUGGUGCGUGCGGUCCGCUCGCGCUCCUGGCCAGCCAGCCCUCGAGGCCCGCAGCCACCGAGGAUCAGGGCCCGCUCGGCCCCUCCCAUGGAAGGUGCUCGGGUCUUCGGGGCUCUGGGUCCCAUCGGGCCUUCCUCACCUGGCCUCUCCCUUGGGGGUCUGGCUGUAAGUGAACACCGUCUCAGCAAUAAGCUGCUGGCCUGGAGCGGCGUCCUGGAAUGGCAGGAGAAACGCAGACCCUACUCUGACUCUACUGCAAAGUUGAAACGGGCCCUGCCCUGCCAGGCCUACGUGAACCAGGGCGAGAACCUGGAGACUGACCAGUGGCCACAGAAGUUGAUCAUGCAGCUGAUCCCGCAGCAGCUGCUGACCACAUUGGGCCCCCUGUUUCGCAACUCCCAGCUGGCACAGUUCCACUUCACCAACAGAGACUGCGACUCCCUCAAGGGGCUUUGCCGCAUCAUGGGCAACGGCUUUGCGGGCUGCAUGCUUUUUCCCCACAUCUCCCCCUGCGAGGUGCGCGUGCUCAUGCUCCUGUACUCGUCCAAGAAGAAGAUCUUCAUGGGCCUCAUCCCCUAUGACCAGAGCGGCUUCGUCAAUGCCAUACGGCAGGUCAUCACUACUCGCAAACAGGUGGUGGGACCUGGUGGAGUCCACUCAGGCCCUGUCCAAAUUGUCAACAACAAAUUCCUGGCAUGGAGUGGUGUUAUGGAGUGGCAGGAGCCUAGGCCUGAGCCCAACAGUCGGUCCAAGAGGUGGUUGCCAUCCCAUGUCUACGUGAACCAAGGAGAGAUCUUGAGGACUGAGCAGUGGCCGAGGAAGCUGUACAUGCAGCUCAUCCCACAGCAGCUGCUGACCACUUUGGUGCCACUGUUUCGGAACUCCCGCCUGGUGCAGUUUCACUUCACCAAGGACAUGGAGACGCUGAAGAGCCUGUGCCGGAUCAUGGACAACGGCUUUGCUGGCUGCGUGCACUUUUCCUAUAAAGCCUCAUGUGAGAUCCGCGUGCUCAUGCUCCUGUACUCCUCGGAGAAGAAGAUCUUCAUUGGCCUCAUCCCCCACGACCAGAGCAACUUCGUCAAUGGUAUCCGGCGUGUCAUAGCCAACCAGCAGCAGGUCCUUCAGCGGAAUCUGGAGCAGGAGCAGCAGCAGCGAGGGAUGGGGGGGUAGUGCCCCUCAACAAGACCAGGCCCUCCAGGAGUCACAGAUGAGGCCCCUGCAGAGACUGUUCCUGGGGCUGCUGAGGUGCUGUGUCCAGCUCUUUCCACUAUAUCCCCUGCCCCCCCCAGGUCAGAUGCUUCUGUGCUGGGGCCCCUGGGACUACAACUGCCCAGCAACACAGAGGACAGCGUCCUGAGGUCUCAAAGGACAGUCCCCAUCCCUUUGCAUUUCCCUAAUAAAGUCUUUUAAGAAUCUA